AACUUGAAGGUCACCAUCAAUACGGUGCACCCGAAUAAUCUUGUCGUGUGUGCCAAUGUGGUUCACGUGGCACUGCAAAUCGAUCCCCCGAUGCUUGAAUUGAAUACGGACGGGAUCGGUUACGGUUGGGUAGCCGAAACCGGAGUACGAGGUCACGUGACACUGCGCAAUUCGCACCACGCGGCAGCUCGAUUCGUGUUGGAACCGUGCGAUCAUGACACCGCGUUCACGAUCCGACCAACGAGAGGCCUGGUCGAACCGUUUCAUUCGUUGACAUGUGAAGUUGUCUACUAUCCCGGAUUGUCAGUGACAAAGGAACAACAUUUCGAAUUGUUAGUACACGGAGUUGAUGCUCCACGAGAUAUGGAACCGAAAAAACGUCGCGAAAGUCAACGACCCAAGGAACCGGAACAGUUAAUCUGCACGGUUCGAAUGCCCCCGUGCAAAUUGAUUUUUUCCGUGAGGCGAUUAACUCUCGGUCCAAUCGCCUUUCGACUACCUUGUCGCAAAUCUGUCCGGUUGAGUAAUUUGGGUCAUGGACCGGCAUUCUAUCGAAUAGAUACCCAAGAGAAUUUGAAGGAAUUCGGUUCGGUUGGGUCGCAUUUACCGACACCGAAAUCGACCAAUUCUGUGAAAAUUAUGAUCUCUCCAUCCCAGGGUGAGGUUCCCACCGGCGAUCAUGUUGAUCUUCAGAUCACCGCUAUUCCGAUGAGUAUGGGAAAAUUCGAAGCUGUGCUGCGUCUGACUACACACGACGAAAGAACAACCACACUAGCUGUUUGCGGCACUGUGGUACCUCAUGACGUCACACUUCAUUCUACUCUCUCGGAUUUUGGGGGAGUUUGUGUAACCGGUCAAUCUGAGCUUCCAUUCGGUCUGACCAAUAGUGGGACGAUUGAGGCCCUGGUUGAGAUUGAUCUGCACGAACAUCCGGAAUUUGAGAUUGUGCCCUUAUCCCAGCCGGAUCGGCGCAGUUCGACCCAUUCGGUCGGACGAAACAGACUCAGUACGAGAACCAGUAGUGGUCUCUUCCGCUGGUCAGAAGAGACAGAUAUCAGACAGAACAGAUCAGUGCUGAGCACAUCGGAGGUCACGGAUCGCCAGCACGGUGACCGGAUUGCACGGAUUUUGAUCGCGAAAAAGUCUGAGUGGUAUGGAUCUAUCCUGUUCCGCCCGAGUGAGGUCGCAGUUCAUGAUUUUCGGCUGAGUAUUUUGGUCAACAAAACCCCAUUGGACACUGCUGAUCUGCAGUCAGAAUCCACGGAACUUGAACGAGAUCGAAGUCCUCGUUCGUUGAAGACCACGCAUCGGGUAUUGGCUAUUGGUCUUCGUCAGCCGCUAAGUGUGGAACCGCACGGAGAGGAGAUUGUGUUUGACUGUUCCCUGGAUGAGACUGGAUGCACACUGGACGGUACAAUCUCUCGACACCUAGUUCUCGAAUCCAAAACAUCGGAACCGGUGUUUUGGGCACUCGAUGUGAACGGUAUGCAUCAAUUCAAUAAAACACGACACGGACAGCUGGAAGUGCGUGAUGCGACUGGACAAUCGAUGAUGGCGGCUGAUUUAGAUGGUCUGAUUCGUGGAGAAUUGUCGACACUGGGGGCCCGUACAACCUUGACACUGGUCUGUCAGACGAGGAGAUCAGGUGAAGCACAAAUUCAAAUGCCUAUCCUCUUACUCAAACAACCCCUCACCCGAAUGAAAGUUGAGACCGGAGAGACCAAUCUGGUGGCUGGUGGGAGCACCGUUGAGGAUGAGGACAACAGCACUAACAAAAGCAAGAACAACAACAAGACCUCGUCGGAAAUGGAAUCCAAGUUUCAAUCGUUCAAAACUAUCCAUUUACGUGUUCGAACAGAACGACCACGUUUGAUCUGUCAACCGGCACGUAUCCUACUCCCUCCAGUUCCACCCGGGGUGGAAGUUCGUGUACCCGUUUGUUUGGCUUCUAGUCAUCCGAUUCGUACGGAAUUCACUGUUUCGGUGUGCUGGCCCGUCCCCGAGACUGGUCAGAUAGAUCUUGGUGCAGUUGAAGCUUCCGAAUUGGAAUGUCCGUUCGCCGCAGAGUUUCCCAACGGACAAAUUCUUCAUCCAGUCGGGGAUAAUCAACCGUCAGUCUUGCCUGUAUGGUUGCGUUUUCGCAGUCACGUGAACGGCUUGCUAUUCGCUCCGCAUCCACGACCCGCUUGUCUGGUGUUUUCUGCCGUCCCGGCUCGGGCCAGUGCACAAUCAAUGGACUCAGUGCACCAGACCUCGCGAAUGCUCUGUGUGGCCGUGCCUGUGAGUGCUGCGGUGGAUAACUCGCUGAUCAGCUGGUUCGCCUACGUGGCUCGCCGACCGACAGAGUUCGAACUUGGCUACAAGGUACUGGGCACGUGUUAUAUAUAUAUAUAUAUAGUAUCGUUUUUUACGCAACUACGAUGA